GCUAAGAUAAAUAAGUAUUUACUAUGACAUUUUACUUAUGCAGGUGGUACUGAAAGAUUCCAGUCCUGUGGAGCUGCUUCAUCACAGCUGCACAUGUGUUGCUGGAGCAGCUUUAUGCAACCACUGUGUCGCUUUGCUGUUCCAGUCAGCACAUUACUCUCAGCUGAAGGUGCCAGUGGUCCCUCCUGUGCUAAGCUGUACUGAAGGAGAACAGCAGUGGCACAAGCCCAGAACUUUGGGUGUAAAGCCAGGCCCUGUGGAUAAGAUGGCUGUGCUUUCUGCUAAACCAAAGUGUAGAGCAACCAAAGAUGGUGUAAGGAGCACACUCUACAAAGGCCUCAGUGGGGAAUUGCCUGAUCUUAGUAGGGUGACAGAGGCGUAUAAAGAUUUUUCUACAGCGGAGGCGCCGAUGAUCUGCAGCAUGAGCAUUAGCUGUGAAAUUCCCCUGGUUGACUCUGCCCUUGGCAAGGUUCAAGCCGGAAGUCCAUUGUCCUACCAACAACCAGCAACAGCAAAGAGAGAUCUGUCCUUCCAUGCUGCCCCACCACGUCCAUCUAUGCCUCUUCAGAAUUACUGCCUACAGCCAUCAAGUUGCAUGUUUGUCUGUACUGAACCACAACAGCUACACCAUAGGAGUCUGGAGGUCACCUGGGACAUGGUGCACAAAUUUUAA